CCGCGCAGUCCGACCAUCGCGCGGCUAGCUCGGCCACCGGCGCCGGAGCUCCGCGCCUCCCGGCGCCGCCCCGCGCCGCCUCCCCUAACUCUUUGCCCCGUCGGGACUCGUCACUUCCGCCAUCCCCAGGCCGGGGUUGGGGCGGGGAACGCGGGGGAGGGGGACCAGGUCCGAGGGAAGCCCGCCCGCGCGCGAGCAGGGACUACAUUUCCCGAGGGGCCUCGGCUGCGGCGGGGUGGCGGCGGCGGCGGGCGCGGCAACGUCCCCCGGAAGUGGAGCCCUGGACUUCCACUCGUGCGUGAGGCGAGCGGAGCCAGAGUCGAGACCAGAGGCCGAACUAGGGAUCUGACAAGAUGGCCGGGCUGCCCCGCAGGAUUAUCAAGGAAACCCAGCGUUUGCUGGCGGAACCGGUUCCUGGCAUUAAAGCAGAACCAGAUGAGAGCAACGCUCGUUAUUUUCAUGUGGUCAUUGCUGGCCCCCAGGAUUCCCCCUUUGAGGGAGGGACUUUUAAACUUGAACUAUUCCUUCCAGAAGAAUACCCGAUGGCAGCCCCUAAAGUACGUUUCAUGACCAAAAUUUAUCAUCCUAAUGUAGACAAGUUGGGAAGAAUAUGUUUAGAUAUUUUGAAAGAUAAGUGGUCCCCAGCACUGCAGAUCCGCACAGUUCUGCUAUCGAUCCAGGCCUUGUUAAGCGCUCCCAAUCCGGACGACCCAUUAGCAAACGAUGUAGCGGAGCAGUGGAAGACCAACGAAGCCCAAGCCAUAGAAACAGCUAGAGCAUGGACUAGGCUAUAUGCCAUGAAUAAUAUUUAAAAUCGAUCUGAUCAUCAAGUGUGCAUCACUUCUCCUGUUCUGCCAAGACUUCUUCCUUUUUUGUUUGCAUUUAAUGGACACAGUCUUAGAAAACAUUACAGAAUAAAACCCCAGACAUCUUCAGUCCUUUGGUGAUUAAAUGCACAUUAGCAAAUCUAUGUCUUGUCCUGAUCCACUGUUGUAAAGCAUGAGCAGAGGCUAGAAGUACCAUCAGGAUUGUUGUGAAACGUUUAAAAGCGGUGGCGCCUCUCUGCUUUUAUUCAUGUCCCCCGUGAUGGUUAAGGUACACAGCACUGUGAAUGAAGGCAGUUGUCAGGGUUAGCUGCAGGGGUGUGGGGGUUUCCUCUUCAUUAUUGUUUUGAGGGGGGAGAGGUAGUUUUACUUUAAUUUUGUGGGCUCCUUUCCCCCUUUUUAUGGUGAUCUAAUUGCAUUGGGUAAAAGCAGCUAACCGGUUCUUUAGAAUAUGCUCUCUAGCCAAGUCUAACUUUAUUUAGACGCUGUAGAUGGACAAGCUUGAUUGUUUGAACCAAAAUGGGAACAUUAAACAUCACAGCCCUCACUAAUAACAUUGUGACUUUGCUGUCAAGUGUAGAAUCCUUCCUUCAAAAAAAGCUUGUGACCAUUUUGUAUGGCUUGUCUGGAAACUUCUGUAAAUCUUAUGUUUUAGUAAAAUAUUUUUUGUUAUUCUA